AUGACGGAACUAGUCAAUAAAGAUGACGAGCUGUUGAUGAAUCUGGGUUAUAACCCGGAACUGCGCCGAAAUUUCUCCCCAAUUCAAGUAUUCGGCAUUGCGUUCUCCAUCAUGUCGCUUGUGCCGUCCAUCGCGUCGGUCUUAGCGGAUACUCUGCAAGCCGGAGGAGUUGGUAUGACCUGGGUUUGGUUCUGCUAUGCCGACCUCUGGCGGGCUGUAUUGGUGGACCUUCAAGUUUGCACCGAAAAAAUUCGGAAGCCCGCCUGUUUUUUCACCGGCUAUGCCAACACUCUUGGUCUGGUUGGCGGUUUCUGUAGUAUCAACUACGGCUUUGCUCAAAUGGUCAUGUCGGUGCCCGCAAUUGCAACAGAUGCUAAGUUUGUGCCUACAAAAUACAUGUGGUACGGGAUUUAUGUUGGUGCAGUUGUUUUACAGGCAUUGACUGCGAUGACAUCCAAUAGAUUCCUUUCGCAGUUGCAGACCUCUUGUAUCGUAUUAAACAUGAUCCUUGUCGUGCUUAUUUGUAUUGCCCUUCCCGUUGGGGAUUCGAAACAAGAUCGAGGUCUGAACUCCGGGUCGUUCGUGUUUGGUGACACAACCAACCUCUAUGACUGGCAAUAUGGCUGGUCAUUUUUACUCUCUUGGAUGUCUGCAAUCUGGACUAUAGGUGCCUUCGACUCGUGGAUUCACAUGAGCGAAGAAGCAUCGAAUGCUGCAACGGCAGUACCAUUGGGGAUUUGUAUGUCCAUCGGAAAGUGUGCAGUGCUUGGUUUUGUGGUUCAGGCUGUUUUGGCUGCAUGUGUUAAGCCUGAUCUCAUUAGCACGGUAGAGACGCCCGUGGGUCAGCCCAUGGCUCAGCUCAUUAUGGAUUCACUAAACAAGGAAUGGGCUAUUGCCAUGAUGGUAUUGAUGCUUAUUGUACAAUUUUUGAUGGGUUUGUCUAUCCUAGUUUGUGCAUCCCGUCAGACCUGGGCAUUUUCGCGUGACGGCGCGCUACCAUUUUCCAACUGGGUUCGCAAGAUCAAUCUGAAAGAUGGUGUUCCCCACAAUGCGAUCAUUUUCGAUGGCAUCAUUUCGUUAGCUUUGGGUUGUUUGACUCUCAUCAACAACACAGCAGCGUUGUCUCUAUUCUCUCUUUAUGUUAGUUCAAACGGCCUGGCUUGGCUCAUGCCGAUUUUGAUGAGAGUCAUCACAUUCAGAAAAGGCGAUUUCGUUCCUGGUCCGUUCUACUUGGGUCAUACCCUCUCUCGCAUCAAUGGUAUUCUAGCUGCGACUUAUUUGGUGUUUCUUGUGUUUGUUCUGACCCAAAUGCCUACGUCGCGACAUGUUACAGCAUCAACUAUGAACUAUACUUGCGUUAUUAACCCCGCAGUAUGGAUAGGAUGUCUCAUUUACUACUUUACACGCCUAAAAGUGGUUCGAGGGACCUAA